AUGCCGGAUUUACUGCUAUCAGAUGCUGCAGAAAUUAGCACAUCAUCACAUCUGUUUCCCGAGGGUGAAGCCGCGUGUUGCCCCCUAUUGUCCCCACCGCCGCAUGCAGUGGAGAGAGGUGUUCUGAAAAGAAUUAAGAAGCAAAUGGUGCCUGAGUGGACAGAAGCGUAUGUGGAUUAUAAUGUUCUAAAAAGUAUUUUACGAGAGAUUUUGCACCACAAGCUAAGUAAGCAACCGGAAACACCUCUGAAAUCCUUACAGAAGAAAUUAUCUCUGCGCCGAACUCUCAGUGGUCUACAUCUACACCCAAGCAACCUAAUGAACAAGGGAGAUGUAGAGGAUCAAGUGACAGGUGUUGACAGAUUGCAGAAAGAUGAUUCUGGACAGUUUUACAGGACAGAGUUCCUCGGGCAGUCUGGGGAAGGAGGAGAGAUUGAGGUAGAAUUCUUUAGAACGCUUGAUGAAGAGUUCAACAAGGUCAAUACCUUUUAUAAGCAAAAGAUAGAGGCAGUGAUGGAUAAAGCAGCUUUACUGAAUAAACGAAUGGACGCUUUGAUUGCUUUGCGGAUGAGGGUACAAAGCUGUGGUGGUAACGGUGAUAGUUUAAGAGAACAUCAGCCUGCUGAUAUUUCGACUAGGAUGCCCUUGAAAGAGACUACUCAGGGAGGUGAAAAUAUAGAUGUGAUUCUUCAAGAGAUUAAUCAAGAUGAAGAAUCCACUAGUGGCCCAGAAUUCAAUCCAUUUCGAAAUAUUCAAAAGAGUAAUGGUUACCAGGUGGUAGGCAACAGCUCUGCCAGCCAACAAGAUCCCCUGGAAAUUCUUGAGCAUGUGAAGAUUAACAAUACCCUUGAAUCUCCUCUGUCAACCAUAAAAGGUCUUUUCAAAGAUUCCAAAGAUGAUGAGUUAUGUUUCGAAAAGGAUGAACUGAGGAAAGUUGAAAAAAGGCUGAGAAAGGUGUUUAUUGAAUUCUACCAGAAGCUUCAGCUUCUAAAGCACUACAGUUUCAUGAAUCUUACAGCAUUAUCCAAGAUCAUGAAAACAUAUGAAAAGAUUGCAUCAAGAAGGGCAGCAAGACCAUACAUGAAACGAGUGAAAAACUCUUAUAUUGGCAGUUGUGAUGAGGUGAAUAAUCUCUUGGAGAGGGUUGAAGCUAUCUUCGUCAAGCAUUUUUCAAAUGCGAAUAUACAAGAAGGCAUGAAAUCAUUGAGACCAAAAAGCAAAAAAGAGAAGCACAGUGUUACAUUCGGUUCUGGCUUCUUUUCUGGUUUUUCAAUUGCAUUGCUCAUUGCUGUUGUUUUAAGGAUGGAGACCAGAAAACUAACGCAUAAGGAGGGUGCCUCAUACAUGGUUAACGUUUUCCCACUUUACAGUUAUUUUGCAUAUGUUGUCCUGCAUAUGCUCAUGUAUUCUGCAGACAUAUUCUUUUGGAGGCGUUAUCGAAUCAACUAUCCAUUUACCUUUGGUUUCAAGCAGGGAACUGAGUUGAGCUAUAGAGAAGUCUUCCUCCUGAGUUCAAGUCUUGCAGUCCUUGCAUUAGCUGGUUUCCUGGGAAACUCGCACUUGGAUCUGGGCUAAAAAACUCAGCAUCACAAGAAAUUAACUCAGCUUUUCCCUUUGGGCUUAAUUGCAAUUGUUCUGGUCAUACUGUUUUGUCCUUUUGACAUCAUAUACCGCUCAACUCGUUUCUUCUUCAUUCAAUCCUUAUUUCGCUGCCUUCGUGCUCCUCUUUACAAGGUUACACUUUCAGAUUUUUUCUUGGCAGAUCAGCUUACCAGCCAGGUCCAAGCUAUAAGGAGUCUUGACCUUUAUAUUUGCUACUACAGCUUGGGAGAAGUCUCCCAACGGCAAGACAAAUGCCAUGGUCAUGGUGUUUACAAUGUUCUUUAUUUUGCCGUUGCUCUAAUACCAUACUGGAUCUGUUUGCUACAGUGCCUUCAUCGUUUAUUUGAGGAGAAAGCUGCAGUGCAUGGAUACGGUGGUUUAAAUUACUUCUUGACAAUCGUUGCAAUUCUCAUUAGAACUGCUUUCGAACUAAAGAAGGGAACGGUCAGCUCAGCUGUUACGACAAUAUUGAGUACAUAUUUGGAACUUGUCAUGGACUGGGGUCUUUUGCGAAGGCAUUCAAAGAAUGCUUAUUUGAGAGAUAAACUUCUGGUUCCACACAAAAGCGUCUACUUUGCAGCUACGGCCCUGGAUAUGGUUUUGAGAGUUGCUUGGGUGCAGUUGGUGUUGGAAUUUAUGCUUGCAGUUCAUAAAGUGGUCAUAACAACUGUCAUUUCCUGCCUAGAAAUUAUUCGUCGUGGUCUUUGGAACUUCUUCAGGAUAGAGAAUGAACACUUGAACAAUGUUGGCAAGUUAUGGGCAUUGAAAUCAGUUCCUCUUCCUUGCAAUUACAUUGAUGAGGACUCAACCAAGGGUGAUUAA